AAUUAUUUGCGGCCCCGCAGACUUGGCGGCAAACGCGCCCGCCCGCCGCCGCUCCCUCGCUCCACUGCCACUUUGCACAGCAGCACAUGCAGCAGCGCCUGCGCCUGUCUAUCUGAGACAUCUUUUACAUGCUUCCGCGGCCAGCAGGCCGCGCGGGCCCCCGCAACAGCCGCGCGCCGGCGGUGGCGUUUGCCGGCUCUGCUGCACUGCUUCUGGCGCUGCUGGUGCUCUUUGCCAAACCCGCACCGGCUGCUGCCUCUCCGGCUUCGCUUACUGGCGGGCCUGCAGCAGUCACGAGUGCGAACCAGCUCGAUGAGCGCGCGAUCUGGCUGACCCCAGGCGAUCUCGCCACAGCCGCAGCUUCACAGCGCGCUGACCCAACCCAGCUCCAGCAACUGCGCGACAAGCUGCUUUCGCGCCAGAGCGACGGCCAGGCUUCUGCCGCGCCGGAGGCAUCUACCAACAGCAGUCGCUCGCGCCGUCUCUUGAAGCAGCAGCAGCGACAGCUCGCGGCAGCACCUCAGAAGCCUUCGAGCAAGGCCGGCAACAGCACGCUUGUCCUGAGCGGCGAUGCCGCACCUUCUCCCACCUCUGUGGCGGACCUCUACUUCCUAGCAGCCAACGCGCUGCAGGUCAAGUCAGCCAACCCCGGUACCGCCGUGCGCUUCGACGUGCCUUCACUCCCGGUCGUGUCCGCGCCCACACCCUCGUUCACAAACUCCACAACGCCUGCGACUGCUGGUGCUGGCACCGAUGCUGCUGGUGGGACUUUCGGCGCCGCAAGCUCCGGGGAUGAGGACGGCCUGGGCUCGGACGUGAUGACUGCGGUCGCGGCUCUGGCGGCGUCUCCCUCCGCCUCUGUGCUACAUCCCUCGGGCGCUAGCAAUGACACCUACGUGGGCGCGGUGCAGAACGACACGCUCGACCUGGUGCGGCUGCUACUGCAAGUGCUGCGUGCCAACCCCGGCUCCAACGUCACCGUGACCCUGCGUGACACCGGGAAGCCCACUGCUCUGGGCCCGCUGUCCAUCGCCAUCGAGAUCAACGCGGCCUUCAGCGGCACCGGAGCAUUGCAAACAUCCCCAUCGCCAGCGCUGCCGUCGCCGGAGCCAUCUCCGCUGCCGUCGCCGGAACCCUCUCCGCAGCCAUCGCCCGAGCCGUCGCCGGAGCCGUCUCCGCAGCCGUCGCCGGAGCCGUCGCCUUCGCCGGAGCCAUCUCCACUGCCGUCGCCGGAACCCUCUCCGCAGCCGUCGCCGGAACCGUCUCCGCAGCCGUCGCCGGAACCGUCUCCGCAGCCGUCGCCCGAACCCUCUCCGCAGCCGUCGCCGGAGCCGUCGCCCGAGUCGUCGCCGGAACCGUCUCCGCAGCCAUCGCCCGAGCCGUCGCCGGAACCGUCUCCGCAGCCGUCGCCGGAACCCUCUCCGCAGCCGUCGCCGGAGCCGUCGCCUUCGCCAGAGCCAUCUCCGCUGCCGUCGCCUGAACCGUCGCCAUCUCCGCAGCCGUCGCCGGAACCCUCUCCGCAGCCGUCGCCGCAGCCGUCGCCGGAGCCGUCGCCUUCGCCCGAGCCAUCUCCGUCGCCUGAACCGUCGCCAUCUCCGCAGCCGUCGCCGGAACCCUCUCCGCAGCCGUCGCCGGAACCCUCUCCGCAGCCGUCGCCCGAGCCAUCGCCGGAGCCAUCUCCGCUGCCGUCGCCGGAACCCUCUCCGCAGCCGUCGCCGGAGCCGUCGCCAGAGCCGUCGCCUUCGCCCGAGCCAUCUCCGUCGCCUUCGCCCGAACCAUCUCCGCUGCCAUCGCCGGAACCCUCUCCGCAGCCGUCGCCGGAACCCUCUCCGCAGCCGUCGCCCGAGCCAUCGCCGGAGCCAUCUCCGCUGCCGUCGCCGGAACCCUCUCCGCAACCGUCGCCGGAGCCGUCGCCAGAGCCGUCGCCUUCGCCCGAGCCAUCUCCGUCGCCUUCGCCCGAGCCAUCUCCGCUGCCAUCGCCGGAACCCUCUCCGCAGCCGUCGCCCGAGCCAUCGCCGGAACCCUCUCCGCAGCCGUCGCCGGAGCCGUCGCCGUCGCCGGAGCCAUCUCCGCUGCCAUCCCCGGAGCCUUCGCCGCAGCCAUCGCCGGAGCAGUCACCGAUUGACAUGCCGGCGUCCCCUAUCCCCCAGCCCUCGCCUCCUUCCUACGCGUCGCCCGUGCCGAAUCCGCCCUCACAGCUGCCUCCACCGGUGGCAUAUGGCGGCAGCCCAACCGGUGGCGCCAGUCCCAGUCCCGUCCCAAGCCCCAGCACGCCGGCGGCAUCGCCACCCCCCAGCAGCUACCCGUCGCCCGCCGUGCUGUCGCCCCCUGUGGUGGUGGCGUCGCCCCCGCCAAUGACGCCGGCAGGACCCGUGUAUGGCGGGCCCGCGUCGCCUGAUCCCUCGCCGUCGGCGCCCACACCUGAGCCACAGCAGCCCUCGGCGUCGUCCCCCGCGCCGGCGCCAACACCAACGUACCCCGCGACCGCAUCACCCUCCCCUUCCCCUGCCGUGGCUGAUCCCACCACCAGUCCGCCGCAGCCCGCUUACCCGUCGCCCGCUCCCAGCAGCCCCAGCACGACGACACCCACCACCAGUCCCCCGCCGCCGCCUUCGCCUGCAUAUCCCAUUGUGCCGCUGCCUCCGUCCUCGCCAGCCCCUGCGUACCCUGCGUACCCCGGCUCAUCGCCACCACCGCCAGUGGGAACCUACCCGCCUCAUGGUUCUGAUGGAGAGCCGCCCUCGCCGUCUCCUGCUGUGCCCGCCUACCCGCCAUCGGCGUCGCCGUCGCCUCCGGCCUACCCACUGCCGGGCACGUCGCCGCCCCAGGCGAGCCCGCAGCCGCAGUCGCCGGCCGUUCUGCAGCCGCCCCAGGCGUCGCAGCCACCGCCUCAUGACUGGUCAUCAACGCCUGACACAGCACCGUCGCCUCCGCCACUGGCCCCAUCGGAUACCGCCCAGCCACCGGCAUCGCAGACGCCGCCUGCGGAUGCCGCAAGCCCGCCGAUCAACUCCCCGCCGAUGCCGCCCCCAGAUGGCACGGACCGCUCGCAGCCGCCUCCGUCCUCCGGCCCCCCGGACCAUGGCGACAACUCCCCUCAGCCGCCUCCGGCCUACAGCGGCCCCCACGGGUCGGACGACAACACGCAGCCCCCGCCUGAUGGCGCCGCCAUGCCGCCAUCGGCCUCAGAGCCACCUGCAAUCUCCAUGCCCCCUCCUGAGUACCUAAUGCCGCCCGGCGCCGUAGCACCUCCCGACGCCCCGCAGCAGUCGCCGGAGGCCUGGUCGCCACCUGACGCCGCCACACCUCCCGAGGCCGCACCGCAGCCGCCGUACGCAGAGGGCACUCCACCCGCCUACCCGGCGCUGACGCCGAGUCCGCCCUCAACGGCGUCGCCGUUGCCACCACCGCCCCCGCCGCCGCCUCCCCCGCCCCCGCCUCCCCCGCCUCCCCAGCCGCCGCUUACCAGCAGCCCCACGCCGCCGCCUCCCGCCGACGCGUCGGCCCCUUCCUACCCUCCGUCAUACCCGUGGGUGCCGCUGCCGCCGCCGUCACUCCUGCCGCCGUCGCCAUCCACUGAGGUGCCGUCGCCGUCGCCAUCGUCCUACGGCCCGGCUUAUGGCAGCAGCCCACAGCCACCUUCGUACCCGGUGAUCAACCCCUCGCCGCCGCCCUCAGCCCCAGUGCCAGCUUACCCGACCGUGCCCCGGCCGCCGGGCCCCUACCCACCUACACAGCCGGCCCCGCACCCCCAGCCUUCCGACGGCCCGCCUCCUGCCACCGCGAGCCCGCCGCUGGCGUCGCCGUCGCCGACCCCUUCCUCACCUUCGGCUCCGCCACCUCCACAGCCCGCAGCGGCGUACGGCGGCUACGGCUCCCCAUCUCCGCCGUCGCCAUCUCCUUCGCCUUACCCUGGAGUGCCGCUUCCGGUGCCCCCGCCCGCGCCUGCCGCCUCUCCGCUGCCGCCGUCCUCGCCGCCGCCGUCAACCUACCCGGCUGUGCCUUCACCAUCGCCGCCUCCAGCGCCGCAUCCCUCGUAUGGCGGAGGCAGCGGCAGCCAACCAGCGUACCCACCACCGGUAGCGCUUGCGCCACCCUCUCCCUCGCCGGCGCAGCAGUCUCCUUCCGUGCCCGCCUACCCUGCGGCAGCGGUGUCGCCCCCACCGCAGGCGGACCCUGCUGUUCCGCCGUCACCGCCGACCCCGCAACAGCAGGACACGCCGACCCCGCCCACGCCGGCCCCUGGCUAUCCUCCCGUCAUGCCGAGCCCGAGCACCACCACCAGCAGCCCCAGCCCUCCAUCCUACCAGCCUGCAUCCAGUCCGCCGCCGCCGCCGCAGUCCCCGCCGCCGCCACCAGCAGCGGAUUCCCCGGCGCCAUCGGGUGCUGGGUCCCCGCUGCUCCCAGCCGCGGCCCCAUCACCACCUUUCCCAACACCGGCACCCACCCCAUCGCCGCUGCCCCAGCAGCAGCAGCCGCCUGAGGCCGUACCCGCCUCCUACCCCCCGUCGCCUGCUGUGCCGGUAGCGCCCUCACCGCCUUCGGCUCCGGCGGUUGAGCCGCAGCCUUCGGUUCCUUCGGCCCAGCCGCCUCCACCUGAGCCGCAGCCGGUGCCGCAGCCUCAGCCAGCCACCGCGGAGCCCUCACCACCAGCCACACCUUCCAGUCCGUCACCGGAGGAGCAGUCGCCGCGUCCGUCUCCGCCGCUGCAGUCACCGGAGCCGUCGGCGUCUCCGGUCCCCUCACCAGUGGGCUCUUCGCCUCCUCCCAGCGAGACGCCUUCGCCCCACCAGCAAUCCCCGCCGGUACCCUCACCCUCGCCAGCAGACGCUUCGCCGCCAUCUCCGGUGCCCGCAAUCCUGCCGCAGUCACCGCAGCCUCCUGUUAACGAUGGGACGCCGCCGGUAGACCGCAGCCCGGCGCCGCCAGCGUCAUCGCCGCCGCCUGCUGCCUCAUCACCACCGCCUGCGGCUGCUGGCGACGAGGACCCAGAGCUCGCCGCCAUACGCGCCCAGAUCCAGGCCAUCCUCGACCGCAUCGCCUCGCGCCGGCCCAACGACACCGCCGGCGGGGCCGGCGGCAACUUCUCGCCCGCCUACACCUCGCUCAACAUCACGCGCGUCAGGCCCGCGCCCGCUGCUACGGCCACAGCGGCUGCUACAGCCGCCGUUGGCAGCAGCCCGCCGCCGGCAGCGGCGGCGGCGCCGGCGGGCCCCACCGAUGAUGAGCUGGGCUCGCUGCUGCAGAGCUUGCAUCAGCUUCAGCGGCGUGCUGCGGCCAUCCAAGGCACCACUACUGGGGGUAGCGGCCUGCCAGCCAGGGGCGACGGCGAGGUGACGGACCGUGUGGCUGUGCUGCCCACAGAGCAGCAGCAGAGCGGCGCGGCGGGCCGCCGUCACCACCUGCGCCGGCUGCUACGUGGUGUGUAGAUGCAUAGCUCUUCACACGCAGGGGCAAUGAUCCUGCUUCAAGACCAUACCGCCAAUCCCCUUCACAUUAGCUUGUUUAGUACGUGGUCGUCGGUAACGGGCCGGCUAUAGAAUUCAUUUUGACAGUAGGCUAGGGGAACUGCGUUUGCGACCUACGUACGGCGCACGGUACGUGCCAAACCUGCACGUACGCGAUGUAUGGAGCAUUCACCAUGUGCAUGAGACUGGCGUUUCUGGCUACUGAUGAGCAAUGAAAGAGACCGGGCUGCUGCUGACACGACCCGAAUGGCCGCGGGGUGCUUCGCCUGUUUGCGCGUGCAAGGUUAGGUACUGGGGUUCACGCAGCAAGGCAUAGAUAGACGUGUGACUAAUGCACAGGCAGGUUAUUAGCCUAGCAUCGCACUGGCGGCUCGCCGCCUGAUCCCAGCGCAGGUGGGCAAACCCCACCUCGCUCGCUCAUCAUAAAGACACGUUCGCGCAUACCGUAUUCUUUUCGUGAGAUGGCCAGAGGACUGGAAGGGAUUGUUUAGAUGGUGUGCGUGGUAUGGUAUGUAGCAGAUUGCAUGCGCACAACACUUCCGCGCACUAAUAGCAUUCCGAACAGUAGAAGUAGGCAUGUAUGUUAUUGACCGCGCAUGUUGACUGCUGACGCUACUGUGUGGUUAGUGCCUGCGCCCCGUGCGCGUAUGCGUGCGCGCAGCUCUCGUACGCACUCUAGCCCUAUGUGACCUUGACAGCACGACAAAAUAAGGAGGCAGCAUGCGUGCAUGGCUAGCUGCUGCUGCAGCCACAUGGCAUUUCAGUAGGGCAGUAUUUGUACAGUGCAGGGGAGUCAUCUACCAGCAAUAUGGAAUCGUAAUGAGGCCCAGCCAUCUGGUGUGUGCUAGUAAGCGGGUUUUCAACCAGGCGUAGGGGCGGCGGCGGCGGUCUGCUGCCGUGUGUGCGCGUGCCUUAGCACGCACCGUGGUGCCCUCAGAGAUGCUUGUCCGCCUGGCUGGUAGGAAGCGCUGCAACGGCCAUGGGACUGCGCUGUCUGCUGCUGAUGUUUGCGGUCUGCAGACAGCUGGGGUUGCAGUGUAUAUUUACUGCUGGAUGUCUGGAUGGCUUCAUGCCCCGAUCGAUCAAAGGGAGUCUUUACUUGCUCCACAAAGGAAGGUCCAAGGGAAGUGCGUAAGGGGAAUGUAACCAGUGAUGCCU